AUGAGGCUGCUGCUGCUCGUCCUGCCCUCACUCCUCUGUGCCGCUACGGAGCCUCUCGUGACUCACCCCAGGGACAGGCACGCGUGUCCCCUGGGGCAGUUUCCCUGCGGCAACCUCUCCGUGUGCCUGCCCCAGGCCCUGCACUGCAACGGGGUGGACGACUGCGACAACGGGGCCGACGAGGAGAACUGCGUGGACAACACCGGCUGGCUGUGGGUCCUGGGCGACAAGCUGGCCACACACAGCAGCGGCACGGCGGUGGAAGACGAGGCAGACCCCUGCUCGCUGGAGCUGUUCCCGGAGCGCUGCCGGUGCUGGGGCCAGGCCGUGGACUGCACUGCGCAGGACCUCCGCGCUGUGCCCUGGGUGUCCCCCAACGUGACGAGGCUGGACCUGAAGAAAAAUAAAAUCCCCUCUCUGCUGGACAGUCAGUUCGCCAGGUACAGGAGGCUGAAGAAGCUUUUUUUGCAAAACAACAGGAUCCGUAUGAUCUCACCCAAAGCGUUCGCUGGACUUUCUCAGCUCAAAAUGUUGUUCCUCAGCCACAACAAGAUCUCCCAGCUGAAGCCCCAGGUUUUCGAGGACCUGCAGCACCUUGAGUGGCUGAUGCUGGACAACAACAGGAUCGCCAGGAUCGCCCCCGCCGCUUUUGCAGGGCUGAGGUCCCUGUACUUUCUGUACAUGCUGAACAACUCCCUGGCUAAAAUCCCCAACGCCUCCCUGUGUGCGGAGAUGCCGAAGCUGAGCUGGCUGGAUCUGGAAGGGAACAGGAUCCAAGCAGUGCGUGGGGCAGUGUUCCAGGAGUGCCACGAGCUCACCGUGCUGGUCCUGCGCAGGAACGAGAUCAGGUGGAUCCAAGGCGGGACGUUUUCCAGGCUGAACAGGCUGGUGGAGCUAGACCUGUCCCGCAACGGGCUCAAUGAGCUCCCGGCAUCGCUGUUCAGCGGCCUGGCCAACCUGCAGCAGCUGAAUAUUUCCUACAACCCCUUGAUCGAGAUCUUCCCCGGGCAGUUUGAGAGCCUGUCCCAGCUGCAGUCCCUGAGCUUGGAAGGGCUGGAGAUCCCCGACAUCCACAACCUGACCUUCCGCAGGCUGGCCAACCUCUCCCACAUCUACUUCAAGAAGUUCCAGUACUGCAGCUCCGCGCCCCACGUGCGCAGCUGCAAGCCCAACACCGACGGCAUCUCCUCCUUCGAGCACCUCCUGGCCAACAUCAUCCUGCGCGUCUUCGUCUGGGUCAUCGCCUGCGUCACCUGCCUCGGCAACCUCUUCGUCAUCUGCAUGCGCUCCCUCAUCGCCACGGAGAACAGCCAGCACGCCAUGGCCAUCAAGUCCCUGUGCUGUGCAGACGGCCUGAUGGGCAUCUACCUCUUCGUCAUCGGCGCCUUCGACCUCAAGUACUCGGGCGAAUACAACAAGCACGCGCAGGGCUGGAUGGCCAGCCUGCAGUGCCAGCUGGUGGGCAGCCUGGCCAUGCUGUCCUCCGAGGUGUCCGUCCUGCUGCUGACCUACAUGACCCUGGAGAAGUACUUCUCCAUCGUUUUCCCCUUCAGCCACCACAGAGCCGGCAGGAAGCAGACGGCCUCGGUGCUGGCCGUCAUCUGGCUCCUGGGCUUCUCCCUCAGCCUCGUCCCCCUGUGGUGUAAGGAGGCCUUCGGCAACUACUACGGCAGGAACGGGGUUUGCUUCCCGCUGCAGUCCGACCUGGGCGAGCGGCCCAGCGCCAGGGGCUUCUCCACCACCAUCUACCUGGGCUUGAACCUCGCGGCCUUCAUCACCAUCGUCUUCGCUUACACCGGCAUGUUCUACUCCAUCCACGUCACUGCGUCCAGGACGGCCGAGAGGAGCGUCUGCUCCCGGGAAGUCGCCAUCGCAAAGCGCUUCUUCUUCAUCGUCAUCACCGAUGCUCUCUGCUGGAUACCCAUCUUCCUCCUCAAGCUGCUCUCCCUGCUGCAGGUGGAAAUACCAGGCACCAUCACCUCCUGGGUGGUCAUCUUCAUCCUGCCCAUCAACAGCGCCCUCAACCCCAUCCUCUACACCAUCACCACCGCCCCCUUCCAGGAGCAGCUGAAGGGCUGUCUGCAGGCCAAGCGGCCGGCGCCGCACGAGUCCCAGCGGAGCUCCGUGCUGGCAGCACCGCAGGCCAGCACCGUCUGACGCUGCCCGGCGGCACAGGGUGCCCCAGGAGUGGAGCAUCUCCCCCGGCGGCACGCAGGGGCCGUGCCACCAAGGGCACGAGCACCUCCAGUUCAGCCGCUUGCUGCCACCGCGGCGCUCGUGUGGGCCUGGGGGCUCGGGGGCUGCGGGUGCCCCCAGGCAGCCCCUGCUGUCCAACCCCACGGAGGGUCUGGCUCCUGCUGCCCAAGUCACGGCUGCUCUCGGGUUACUUUUUUGGCCUCGUUCUGCCAAAACGUUGGACGUGGGGCCGGAUGGCUCCAGCCACCACGUAAAAGCAUUGCCCAGCCCCACGAGGUCCCUGGGCCGGGGAACCGGCCAGCAGCACCCUCACACCACGGGGGUUCUCCAGCCAGCAGGUAUCGUUAGUACUUUAUUAAUUACAUGGAUGGGAAGAGCAGCCCCGAUCCAAGUCAAACACUCUGUUGCAGUUGCGUAUGAUACAAAACAAGGAACAGUCCCUUAAAUACAAAAUACACGUCUCUUAAGUGAACAUCACUGGCGCCGAGCUCUACCGCCGGAGUUAUAUAUUAAUAUUCCAACUGUACAAGUAUUUAUAGGUAGAAAAAAAGAAAGGUUUAAAAAAAUAUUAGGAGAAAAAUCACUCCCUCAAAA